AUGUUCAAGCAUGCUUUUCAUGGAGGGCCAGCAGUUGAAAUUUUCUCAGUAUCAGGCAAGAAUCCCUUAGAAAAAUGGAAGACUACCGGUUCAAUCCCCAAGACCUUUGAUAGCAAUAUGAAAAGUUUUAUUUUUACAGUGGAGGGAUCGUCAAAAAUUUAACUUCCCAAGGAUGAAAAAGAAUUACUUGGCUUAAUUCAGCCAUUUUUAGUUUUGUAGAUUUUCAUUCCUUUAGGAAAAAACAUUCAUAUUGAAGUUGGCAUCACUGAUUCGACCAAGACUAGAAGAAGGCUGAUAUUCCAUACUGGAGCAAAAGAACUGGUAGCUAAUCCUCUUCAUGCUAGAAUUCCAAUCACGAAUUUUAGAAGAAACUAGUGGACUAACUUGGCUAUUGACAUUCAUACUUUUACUCAUCAUUGUUUUAAAGGCGUGAACUUCAGAUCCAUUGAUCUUUUGAUCAUUACUGCAUCUUGCAAGUUAAGAAGAAUUUUCACAAUGAAAAAUCCAUUAUAUGAUGAUUAGACAGAGGAGGAUCUUGAAUUAUAAUAAUUGAUAAAUCUUAUGAUGGCUGAAGAGCUCAGAGAUAACAUGCCUUUUGUGUAUGCACCCUAGAAUCUGGAAUUUCCUCAAAAUUUCAUACAUUAUAAUCAAUUGAUAUUCCCCCACAGACUAAGAUAGAAAACUCAAGCUCAUGAUGAAAAUAUAAAUAUAGGAAAUAAUAAUGCUUCAAAAGAGCAGAAAGUGCAACUAGCAUUUGGACAAAGAAUGUUAAAGAAGUAAGAACCUCCUCAAGGCUAAAAGCCAUUGUCUAAAUAACCGACUACUGCUAAUACUAAUCAAAGAAAUAUGCAGUAGCAGUCUGUCAUCACCGGGACUAAAAUUAAUAAAAACAAAGAUUUAAUGUAAGUAUAAAAUGAUUAAGAUGAUGAUUUUGAGUCCAAAACAAACUAAAAGUCUAGCAGGAAUGCAACUGAUAGGAAGUUAAGUUAAUAGGAGGACCAGCAAGAAUAUUAAGAUUAGAAUAUCGAUGCUAUUGAAGAAGAGGAAGGCUUUAAUGAGUAUUAGAACGAUUUCGAUAAUAAUGAAAAUAAUACUUUUAAUAAUUAAGAAGCCUCUAGACAAUAUGUGACGAAAGAGGAGCUUAAAGAGGGAGAACAUUUCUUGUAUCUUUAAAAUGAUUCGGAUGAAGAAUAAAAAGUAUAGACAAUCAGCAAAAAAGAUAACAAUCCUUGGGAUAAGAUGGGCCGCAAAAAUCAUGAUUUAACUACAUAGAAGACAAGCAAUCUUAUAGGAACUGCUUCUAAAUCUAAUAUUAAAUAAAAUCAUUAACAAAAUUCAUUAAUAAAGGAAUCUUCAUCUUUGAAGAAAAAAGUAAACUAUCAAUUGGAAGAAAAAAAUGAAGAAGAUUUUUACUCGCCAAUUGAAUCAGAAAGAGAUUAAAGAUAACAGAUUGAUAUUCGAGUUUAGUAGGAAAUGAAUGAUUAUUAACUUAGAUAGCAAGAGUAAAAAGUAUAGCAAAUGAGAAAAUAAGUAUAAAACAUAGAGUCAAAGUAUAAUAAAUAGGAUUUGAAUGGUAUUGAUAGCAAGCAACUUGAAGAUAUCAAAAGCCCAGAAUUGAGUAAAAAUCGUCAAAAAAGUAAGCUAAAUAGUAAAGUUGCGACAAACAAUAGAGUAAAGCUAAAGUAAGAUUAAAAGAAAGAGGAAGAAGAGGAAAUUGACUAGGAUGGGUUCAGGAGGUUCACUAAUAAUCAAAUGAAGCAUCUAAAUCUAGAAUCCUGGGGAACAAUGCAAAAGGAAGAAGACGAUGACAUGAUUGAGGAAGCAUUCGACAUGAUAAACAACAAUCUUAUGAACUUUGAUGACAAAAACUAAGCAAGCUAUUAAAAAUCCCUAAAAGAUAGGAAAUCAAAGGAAUUCAAAGAGAAUCCUAUGUAUAUUGAAUUUGAGCUUAAUAAUGAAGAUGAGGAUGAAAUUUAAGACUAGGUUAAUGGAAUAGAAACUCAAGAGAAGGAAAGAACUAUGAAUGUAUAAAAUAUUGAUAAAGAGAUUACUCAAAGUUAUAUCCGACUAGAAUCAUCCAGAAAGGAGGAGAGAAGACCAUUUAGUCCUCCAUUCCAAGUUUAGGACUCAUUGCUUUAAAGAGAUGCAACAGAGAUACAUACAGUUAUAGAUUAAUAGGAUGAUGAAAUAGUCUUGGAGCAUCAGGAUUAUGAGUAGCAUCAUGAUGAAGAUACUUAUAUUGUUUAGUCAGUUGACUUCAAGAGAAAGCUUGAUUUUUUGAAGGUUCAAAGAGCUGACAUCUUACGCGACAGUCUUGAUUAAACUGUACCUAAAAGCAAUUAUAAACAGGAUAUGCCAUAAAAUGCCACAGUAGAAAACGAAGAUGGAGAUCUUUUGGAGGUGAUAUUCGAUCCAAUCCUUUAAUGCUACUAUGAUCCUAAAUCUAACACUUACUAUGAAUUAAAAGCCUAGGAUUGA